UUAUGUUUUUCCAUUGUGUUGAUUCAUUCAUCGUUUCCUGUUGUAUUUUGAUAUACUCACCUCUCCUCUCAUUUCAGACAACUGCACUUCCUGCCCAUGUGUGUUUCCCACCUGUUUAAUUGUCUGCCCUGCCCUGAUUAGUUUCACCUGUCCCUCAUUAUCCUUCCCUCCCUAGUGUAUUUAGUCUGUGUUUGUGUUAACCCUCUCCCUGCCGGAUUUGUCUGCCUUUACCUCUUACCGAACCCUUUUUGGCAAGUAAAGAAAGGUUUUUGUUUUUUUAAAUCAAGUUCCUGUCUCUGAGUUUUUCUAUUGAGUCCUUUUGCCUGUGGUUUCUCCAGUUUUAACAGUACGAACUGGCCAAUAUGGACUCAGCCGACUGAUUCUUUGCAAGCUGCCUUCCGAUAGAGAUUCACCACCAUGACGAGCAACUCACCUCAGUCUGCAUGGGGGAGAGAGAGCCGACCGAUUGGCGCAAAAGCUUCCAGGCUUCCAUCGGCAGCCAGGUUUGCCACCUGAGUGACCAACUCCAGCAGCUCAUGGCCCGCCUAGAAACUCUCAUCACCUCUCCUCCAGCUCCUGCUCACAACCCGGCCCCUGUCCCCGCUCCUCAUCUAGCUCCAGCUCCCAUGCCAGCCCCGGUUCGCUACCUCUCCAGACCGGAACGGUUUUCCAUGGACUCUGGGAACUGCAGGUCCUUCCUGGUCAGGUGUGGUCUGCACUUCAAGCUGCAGGUGUCCUCGUUCCAGACAGAGCGUGCCAAGGUAGCCUACAUCAUCAUCCAUCUCAACGGUAGAGCUGAAGCCUGGGCUACGGCCGAGUGGGCCAGGAAUUCUCGCUGGAACUCUUCAACAACACACUUCGCAAGAUGUUCCAAGACACAACACCUGGCUGAGACGCAGCUAGAGGCUAGCUCAUGGGUCUAUGCCAGGGCAAGCGUCUCGUCUCCCACUAUACCAUCGAGUUCCGUCCCCUGGCAGCUGACAGCGGCUGGAACUCUCCUUCCCUGUUUGAUGCUUUCCACUAUGGGCUGGCAGACCCCAUCAAGGACCAGUUUGCCUCUCUAGAGCGUUCUCCUGACCUGGUUUCUCCAGUCGUAACAGAUGUCGAGGAUAACAUGUUAAACGUGGGAGAGAGCCUGAGGGGGAAAGGGGCUCCACGGUGGUUUAUUUUCCUCAGCAACAGGAAAAAGAAAAAAGAAAAUACCAGCUUAUAUGUGAGAUUGCACCCACGCCAUUCCCAGGUUACCGCAGAUCGACCACAGUUAAGAAGGAAUGAGCUGACCUCUAGCUGUUCAGAACAAGCCUGGAUUACUAACCAGGCAAAACGGGCAAUUGCCUUGGGGGGGCCCAGAAGUCCAGGGGCCCUGUAAGCUCUGAGGUUACUGUAUGUCAACUGGUUUGUGUAAAUUUAAUUUGAGUUUUUGUGAAUAUGCCCCACUAAAGCACAAUAUCAGCUGACAUGAUAAAAGCCUUAAAGCAUCCGUUUUCAUUAUCUAACCCUGAAACUGCAUGUUGAAGAUUAUUCCAAAAUCCAAUUUUAAUACUUUCAUUAUUUCAAAUUAGUGUUGUGUUAUUUGAUUAAUCCAAUUAUCACACUGCAAGGUAGUAUUCCAGCAUAGAAAACAGUAGAUACUGCAAAGUGUGCAGACAAGGGAGGUCCAGCAGCACAUUGUUACCACAGGGACCGCGAGGACCGGACAUGUUUGUGUAUAGUGAGGUUUAGAUACAUAAAGUCUCAGGGAUACAGAAACAGGUUUGAGACAAUUACUGGUUGUUUUUGGAUUAUCACUAUUUAAUCUCUGAUGAAUUCUGGUUUGGGAAAGUCAAUGAGAAACACUUAUUUGCUUUCAAUUAUUCAUUUAAUUAAAUCUGUCUGUGGUGACCUUCUUUACUUUAAAAAAUAUGACUUCACACCUCAAACAAAGGUUUUCUUCUGGGAGGUCACUGAGCAACUGCAACUGGAGUUUGGAGUUUGGUACCCUGCCUAAGGGCAUCUGAACCAUAUUGUGGGUGGCAUUACUCAUUCACUUUUUCCCCCAAGACUGUUUUCCUAACUGGCAAAAUCUGAGGACUUAUAUUAAAAUGGACAGCUCCCAGGUGUGAAAGUGGAGCAGUGUGUUCUUCACACUCAGCAAAACCUGUAAUUUAAAUAAAAAAAACUAAUAUAUAAUGUACUCACAAAAUGCCAUUUCUCUAAACCAUGGUAUAUAUUCUU